GCCUGUAUAUUUAAGACUUCCCUUAUUUUACCUCAUACCGCCAUCCCUCACCCCUCUGCUUGUGUGGGGUACAUGUGGGUUGUGUUAUCUUGAGGUUGGAGGCACGGAGAGGGUCACAAGAGGGGAGAACAAGCAGUAAUAAGAACUAAUCAGAAGCAGCAGCAGCAGACAUGGCCAAGCGCGGUGCUGUGAAAGAGCUGACUCAUGAGAACUGGGAGGAUGAGGAAGAGCCUGAGGACAUGGGUACCUUCCGCCAGGCCACCUCAGAUCAGCUGGCCGGCCGACAGAUUAAAAAAGCGCGGAGAAGAGGCAUGACGUCAGACAAUUCCUCGGGGAUUGGAAUAUUCAAAGGCCUUACAUCCUUCUCAGGCUUUGGCACAAACAAGGAUGCCCCCAGUCAGCCUUCCUUCAGCUUCCUCAGCAAGGACUCUGCACCUAAGCCCACAUUUGACAUCCUCAGCACCUCUAAAGCAAACACAACCACGUCCUUCACCACUAAAUCCGAAGUGAGUUCCCCGGAGAAGAAAACCACAUUGCCAACCUUCAAGUUCUCCAAGGAUCCUCCCAGCAGUACACCAGAACCCAAGACUAAUGGCAUUGGACACUCUAAGACAAACUCAGACUCUGCAGGAAAGAAAGGAAAUAAAGUCUUCCUGAGCCACCUGAAGGCACUCAAUGAAGGCGUGGUGAAAUGGGUGAAGCAGCACCUGGACACAAACCCCCACGUCAACCUCUCCCCAGUGUUUGACGACUACAAGAAGCACUUUGAGGAGCUGACCAAGAAGUACCCGUCCACAGGAGAGAGUGAGAGUGAUGAGGCAGUGGCAGAGACUGAAAAGCCAAGUAAGGAUGAGGUUAAUGAGAAAGAGAACCAGCCUGUUGCUGCCAAGAUACCCUUCUCCUUCACCUCCUCUGUAUCAUCAUCCUCUGAGAAGUCUGUGUUUGGUGGUUGUUCGGCAUCAGUGGACAAGAAGACUGGCCUAGGUUCCCCUGUCAAGCCUACGUUUUCCUUUGGAGCAUUUGAGAAAAAGGCCCCAGAGAAGUCACUCUUUGGUGGCAGCACAGGAACCAGUAGCAUAUUUGGCAGUUUCUCCUCCUCCAGUACCACCACCACCACCACUGGCAGCACCACCAAGGAAGACACAGAGGCAGACCCGAACGACCCAACCGAUGAACCGCCCAAGGUAGAGGUGAACGAGGUGAAGGAAGACGAUGCUAUAUAUGAAAAGAAGUGCAAGCUGUUCUACAUGAAGGAUGGGGCUUACGUGGAGAAGGGCGUCGGCACACUGUUCCUGAAGCCAGCUGGGGAGAAGACCCAGCUGCUGAUCAGGGCACUUACUAACCUGGGAAACAUCUUGCUCAACAUCAUCCUCAAUCCCACCAUCCCCACUGCCAGGGCAGGGAAGAACGGAGUCAUCAUAGCCUGCAUCCCCAACCCGCCCCUCUCCACCUCCAGCACGGCAUCCAGCGAGCCUGUCAAGAUGCUGAUUCGUGUCAAGACUGCAGAGGAUGCCGAUGCCCUUAAUGAGAAGAUCACCGAGCUCAAGAAAUAGAAGCGAGUAAAAGUAGGAAAAUAUUUGUUUCCAGAACUUGGGUAUGAAUGUUAUACCAGUUGUUAGGAUUGUCAGUAUGUGUGGAGAAUGUUAGGUGGACCUGUUUGGUUGCCUGAACUGAUGUGUUUCUUGAGGAGUGAUUUGUCAUGUUGUGAGAGAUGCUGGUGCCCAGACUGGAAGGCUCAGCAAGUUCAAAGGAAUGUAAGGCCACAGGAGCAGGCCAAGCUAAGCUGCUCAUCCUAUUUUGAUAAUGAAAACCCCUGUUCAUUUGCCGGCCUGCAUGGAUCUGUUAAAUUGUGAAUGUCAGAAGUGAAUGGUGCAGAUGUGUGAGGCAUCUUAACAGGAAGUGUAUGAUUUAUUUCUGGAGUAGUGAUCGUGUUGGUAUAUAUCUAUUCAAAAGUCUGGCAGGUACUCAAAUUUAUGUCUUGGGUUCACACUCUGCCAUGCCCAAGGAGUGCAGGAAGGAGACAGACUGGAGAUAAGUUUCUUUCAAUGAGGAAUUAUAUUUUGCUUAUGAACACAGUUCUUGCACCUGUGUGUUGUACCUUGUUAAAUUGUACCCAUUCAUUUUCUUUCACCUUUUUGGUCACACCAGUCUUCCAUGCAUUUUAUUUUUUGUGCUUUUACCUUAUAACCUCCUCCUCCUCCUCCUCCCCUUUGUCUGUCAUAUCAUUUUACCCUGUCUAAAGUCCUAUUUGUUCCUCAUCUUUUUAAAGUGUUCGUUUUCAUAAUUUGCACCUCCCAGUGUGAUGUGUACAUGCAUUAGUUUUUAGCUUUGUGGAAGGCUUCAUGUGUUUUUAUUAUUAGAACCUUGUAUUUUUUUAUCAACCCUUAGAAGAUGUAGGUCAUGCAUAUUUGGAUACCAGAAUAGCUGAUGAUAUGUAUCACUUAUGUGUGUUCCAAGCUAUUGCCUCGAUGAAUUUAUCAAUACGUACUGCCAGAAGAUUGUACAUUUUUGCAAGCUUCAUAUGUUGAGGUGCUGUGGUAUCUGUUAAAGGAGAUUAUAUACUGUACAUACAUACUUGGUAGAGUAUUCUUGAUUCCAUGUGUGUUUCAUUUUUAGUGUAAAUGUAACUGUGUGAUAGGGUUGACUGUGCUUGUGGUGGAAGGGACAUCACAGGUUGGUACACUUCCCCUGCUUGAUCAAAGUGUAUGUUUAGAUAAAGUUGAUGACAUAGA